AAAAGAAAUUUGAAGUAGGAGGUCAGUUUAAAAUGGAGUUGGAAUUCCGUACAUCAAAACCUGAAGGUAUCCUAGCAACAGUGAGUAAUCCAGGUGGGAGGGAAUGCUCUAACUUUACAGUUACAUCAGGGACAGGUGAAAUUGAAUGUUGUAAACAGUGGUGGUAAAGUCAUGGCUGCCACAUCCUUCAGUACUGCCUUCAGUCUAUGUGACAAUAAAUGGCAUAAGGUUGUAGCAACACUUGUUAGAAAUAAUGUCACAGUAGAAGUAGAUGAAAAGGCUUCAUUUACAAACUCGGGUAAUAAAAAUGUAGCAGAAACAGGCACAUCAGCCCCAUUGUAUCUGGGUGGAAAGCCAGAAUCGUCCAAUCAGGUGGCAGCGUUGACGUAUCAAGGAUUCGAGGGUUGUUUGAGAAAUGUUUUCGUACAGAACAAGCAGGUGGACUGGUUUAUGUUAUCAAAAUCAGUCGCCAUCCGUAAAACUUCAUGUCCAAUCUCUUAGAAACACAACUGUUGUUCAAAAUGAUUGAAAUAUGUUCACAUUAUUUCACUUGGCAACUAUU